AUGGAAGGGUUUGAUGCGUCCAACGAAAACGUCGAAGUGGAACUUCAAAGACAGCAGUUUGUUAAAGAAAAAAAUGACAUCGUUUGUGGCUUUCUCAAAGAAAAGGAAAUUAUAGAAAUUAUGCACAAGGAAGAAGUAGACGAUCUCGUGGCAAGGCACGAGCAAGAGACGGAAUUGAUGCGAAAAGAAUUUCAAUUAGAAAAACAGGACCUGUUGCAAGGAUUUCAAAAACAACAGGUGGAAAACGUAAAUGAGUUUAAGCGUGAGAGGGAAAAUUAUGAAAGGAAAACAGCGGUUAAUUUUCAGUCGAGAGAAAGGAAUCUCGAAAUGAAAUACAAAGAGGAAAAGCUAAAGAUGAGGAGAGAAUAUGAGGAAAUUAUUGCCGAAAAAAACGAAGAAAUAAAAAUGAUACGAAGGGAAUUGCUCCGUGUUGAGCAUCAAGAAAAUUUAUCUGUUAGACACUCCCUGGACAGUGAUGUUUAUAUUACAAAAAUUGAACAUAACGAGGAAUUAGAACGACUAGCUGAAAAAUUUAAUGUUGAAAAGUUAGAACUCGUUAGGGAAUUUGAUAGAGACAAAGCGAAGCUUGUACAAGUGUUUUCAAACCAGGCGGAGCGUAUGAAUUCAAACUUUGAUCACGUAAAGCAAAGAAUGCAAGAAGAUCAAGAAAAGGAGCUCGAAUUUAAACUAGAAAUUACAGAAAAGUUGCUUUCUGAAAAGUUCGAACUCGAGAAGAAAAGAAUGCUUCAGCAGUUUGAGCGCGAAAUGAAAGAAUUACAGGAAAGUUUAGAGUUUGGCUAUAAUGAGACACUUCUUGAGAAAAACCAGACCAUCGAUGAUCUUGAGCAAGAAAAAAGGAGAUUGCUCAAUGCAUUACAUACUGAAAGAUUUAGUCUAGCCAGAAUUUAUAACCGUGAAAUGUCUUUACUUACAAAAUCAGAUCAAAUAACCAAAGAAGACGUCGAAGUUGCACUCAUCGAUGAAACUGCAAAACUGAAACAGCAAUAUGAGGAUGAAUUAAAUAAAAUGGAGCAACAACAUAGGCAGAAGAUUGAAGUGAUUAAAAGGAAGCAAAGACCAUUUCGAGAAUCAGAGCUUGAACAUCGCAAAGAAAUCGAGAAGUUGAAGAAAGACUUCGAAAACGAGAAGGGACGUUUGGAAGCUGAAUUCCGGAAGGAGCAGUUUAAUUUGUUGAAGAGUUUCGAGUUUGAGAAAAAUGACCUGCAACAGGAAUAUGAAGGAGUUAUAAAUGAAAAAGAAUUGGAAAUGCAACAGAGGGAAAGUGAUAUGAGGCAGCUCUAUGAAGAAGAACUUGAUAGGCUAAAAUCAAUUGUCACGAAGCAACGAGAAGAGCUUGAGACCUCUAAACAGAAACUCACAGACUUAGCCGAUCAAACAGAGGAAUUUUUGAGCGAAAAGAACAGGAUAGAAGAGAAAUUUCUUAAAGAGAAUAAUCACCGCCAAAGCCUCCAGCAAACAAUGGAGGCAAAUAUCAAGACUUACGAGAGAAACAUGAAAGAAGUCGAAGCCUUUCACAAAAAGGAACUUGCCCAGCUAAGAAAAGAAAAAGAAAAGUUGCAAAAAAUUGAAAGUGAAAAGAAAGAUUUGCAAAAGGAAGUCGAUGCACUUAAAGUAAAGCUAGAGGAGGCACAAAUUGCUUCAGAAAAAGAGGCUGAGGUUGGCAGUUCAUUUGUUACAGAACCAACAGUUACUGUUGAUGGUGAAGCAUACAAAGAAAUUGAAGGGCUAAGAGUUGACGUUAAAUCCACACCAACAGAAACCAGAGAUGAAACAUUGAAAAGCGAGAAAGAAGAAAUGAAUGACUUUCUCAGAAAAAUUCCUGAAAGACUGAGGAAGUGCAUGAUCAAAGGAAAGGAGCCAAAAACGUUGGAAGAGUUUGAAAUGUCCUACAAACAAAUGAAGGAUGCCAUUAAUGAGGAAAUCGUUGAAAUUGACAAGAUCUGUGGUAGUAAAGAAAAUGGCGAGCAUGAUAUCACCAUUUUGUUUCCAGAAGAGCCAACAUUCUCUUUGAAAGACCAAAUGCAGGCUGUAGAUGACCUUUUAGGAGAAGAAAAUACUAAAGGAAAUAUUGACAAGUCUACAAAGGAGAAAAUAAACCUACAAGUGAAAGGGAUGCUUAAGAAAGUUCAUAGAUCGCAUGAGCUAGAGAAGCUAAAGCUGAAAAAGGAACAACAGCAUGAAUUCGGUAACGUAUUGAAAGAGUUGGCUGGUGAGAAGGCAGCCAAAGUUCAAGAGCCAGUAAAGGAUUUAAGGCAACUGCAGGAUACAAAUGAACGUGGGGAUCGUUCACCAAUGUGUGCUGAGAUAAAGGCCACAAAAGACAGGGGUACAUCGACAGACGAUCUUCACCAAACAAGGAACGAUAAGACUUCAAUGAGCUCUUUAGAUAUGGUAGACGAGUUAAGGCGCGAAAACGAAGGACUCAGACGUUCCUUUGAUGAACUUGAAAACGUUUUCACAAAAGAUAAGAAAGAACUAACGGAAAAACUUCAAACACAGCAUCUCGACUUUGUAAUGAGCGCAGAGGGCGAAAUAAUUGAGAAAUUACUAAAGCAGAAGUCGAGUCUUGAAGAGGCCCUCAACACUGAAAGAUUCUAUUUGAGUAGGCUAUAUUACCAGGAGAUGAAAGACGAAUUAGGAGACAUUCUUUCUAGAAGAACAGAAAAACUGAAGAGGGAAUUCAACAGUGAAAAAAUGAACCUCAUUUUCAAAUACGAACGUGACAUUACGGAUUUGCAAAAAUUGCUUUCUGAGAAAGCGGAGCUGGAAAUGAGGUUACUUCAAGAAAGAAAUGACGUCACAGCAAAGCUGCUGGCUGCACAUAAAAAGGCUUCACCUGAAAAGAGUAAGAGUGAGCGGCUUAAAGAAAAAGAGAGACUCGAAAGAGAAAAAGAAAAUCUGGAAAUUGCCAUUCCGCUUAAGAAGGAAAUUGCUGCGCUACAGAAUAAACGCCAUCAAGAACACGAAAAAGCUGCUGCAAAUCUCAAGGAAGCUAUUGACCUAAUAAUGGACGUCAUGGCCAGUGCUCCGCUUACCACACCAGAAGACGUUAAGCCUUUUGAUAGUCUAAGCUUUUUCAGCCAGGAUACCGCACGAUCCAAUGAAGUCUCUCCGGCGGGCAAAGUAAAUGAGAACGGUUUUAAAACACGCACACAAGCUUCGCUAUCGCAAAACGAAAUUCACAACAGGGAUGAGCUAGGAAAAGCCUUAGAGAAACUCGUAGACACUGUAGUUAGCGAGGACGAAGAGUUCACGUACGAAUCAGAGACAACGUCCGGUGCGAGUUCUGAUUUAGAGUCAGAAGAUUCAGGUACCGGCGCAUUAAACGGCGACAUUGACGAGGGAGCGUAUUCUGGGCCAGAAUCGAAUGAUGAUGAGAACACAUUGAACAUCAAGAAAAAGGAACUUGAAUUUACCUUUAACCUCGAGAGGUUCAAUCUUGGAAGACUUUAUUAUGGAGAAUACAAGGAUAGCUUGCGCAAAGCAAUGAAGAAAUUAGAACAGGCAAAAGAGGCUCUUCGCAGUAAAAGAAAGGAUUUGGAAAAAGAAAUGCGUAACGGAAUAGAAUUGGUUGUCAGCCGCACUCAUUUUGGAGAGGUUUCAACGCAAGCAUCAAAACGAGAUAGAGGAACGCAAACAGUGAAGGAAUAUAUGUUUGAGAAGAGUUCAGAGGACUUAGUGGAUGGACAGGGGCUCUACAAAGUAAAGACAACGGAAGUUACAAUGGAACCGCCGGAUGAGGAUGACAGUAGACGGACUGAUUUCCGGGAAAGCAUGGAAGGUAAGCAAGAAGACAAGACAGACAACAAAGAACAAGAAAAAGAGAAAGGCAAACCAGAAUUACUGAGCUCUCCCACUAAAGACUGUAGUCGUCAAGAAGAAAGUCAAGUUGAAAAUGGCGAAAGAGACUCCCCUGCUACUGGUAAACGCGAUCUAGAGGGAAAGGGUUCGCCCACACCCGAAGAGGACAAAUAUAGUUCUGAUGAUCUCAUUACUUCUGACGGCACGAAUCUCUCAAGAGAAAGCAAGUAUCCGGCUGUUGGACAAGACCUUGAUACUAUAACAGAAGAGCAAGAAGAGGAUGGUGAUUACGCUGGUGAAGCUCAUUUGCAAGAUUCCGAAAUCGAAGACCUGCUUUCCGUGGAGAAGAAAAGGGACAGAGACGAAGGAAUUAAAAACGACGAUGUACCGCAAGAGCAAAUGGAAAUACAAAAACCAACGGAAGAGGCAACACCCAUUUCCAGUAAACCUAAAGGGCACCAAGGAGAUGAAAAGAAGGAAAAAGGCAAAGGUGAUGACAGUGCCAUAACGAAUAUAGGAAAAACGGUUGAAAAACUGGAUGACGAGAAAGGAACAGACGCGGACGACGGAAUUUCUUCGAAAGAGGGAAUUUCCGAGAAGGCAAAAGAAGUAAAGGAUAAAUCUGCUGAUGGCAAGGAAGAUAAAGAUACCAAGGGCAGUCCUAUCGCGGAAACAGACGUCGUAGGGGACGAGGACAUGAGCACCAUCCAAAACACAUCCCAAGCAGAACCAUACAAUGAAAUAAAAAGGUACAAAGAGGAUCAAUCCGGUGAUGAAGGGGGAGAUAAAAAUGCCGAACAGGAAAUUCCAGUCGAAAUUGAUGGUGAGCCUGGAAUUCCAGAUGCAGAUGAAAAAAUUACUUCGCUUAAAUUAAAAACAGAUAAAGAGUCACCAGAGGCAUCAAUUAGCCAGGAAGAUGAAAAAAGUGAUGGAGACCUCAUCGAAGGCCAGUCUACAGAAGAGAAAGAAAAAAAGCCAAAAAAGAAACAAAAGGGAAUUGCCAACGUUAUCAAAGGAGACAGUUCUGAAGAAACGGACCAUCUCGACGGGAUUCUAACAGGGGGUAUCAACGGUCAUCCCAGGGAAAAAGACGAAGAAAGUUCACCAGAAGGCCACACUAGUGAAGGAGAGAAAAAUGUAGAAGUUAAUGAAAAACCAAAAGAAAAGAAAAAAAGGAAAAAGGGAAGAGGAAGGAAGGCAGGUAAACACAGCAAAGAAGACGAAAAAGAAGACAAAGUAGAAGAAACGGACGAGGAAGACCACAUGAAUGUUAAAGGAAGAGAAUCUCCUAUCAGCAACCAAGAUCUUAUUGAGGAGCUAACAGAAAAUAACAAAAUAUUGCAAGAUAAGUUCAGUCUCUUGUGUGAAUUAGUGGGCAAAGGAUUCGUUGAUGAAAUCCCAGAACUAACCGAUGAAAAUUACCGGAUAUGCCCAGACAAACCACUAGACAGCGUACACGAGUUAUAUACCGAGAAGGAACAGCUCGCAAAUGAGAUUCAAAAAAUAGAUUUGCAGAUAAAAGAGCUUGCGGAAAAUGGCAGUGAUACGAUAAAAGAGCUCAACGAAGACUUGGACAAGAAGGAACUGGAACUAAUGCAUUCCUUAGAAGAAACUGAAAAACAUCUUAAGAGGGACGAAGACAAGAAGCUUGUGGAACACCUACUAAAAGAGAAAGAGGACGUGUGCACUAAACUGGAUGAAAUUAAUAACAUUCUAAAUGAGAAGAAAGGGGAAAUGGAAGAUUUAAGAAGUCAUGAUGGGCAUACCGUGCCUGGUCUUAUGUACAGGAAAGAUGUGCUGAGAGACGAUUUAACUGAAAAGACACGGGAACUGAAUUCUAGUAGAAAACUGUUAGAAACAGCGAGUCAAGAAUCAGAGAAAGAAAAACAACAUUUGGAAAACUCCUUAAACAGUUUGAAUGUUCAAUUUGCCGCUUUACAAGAAUUUACCAAUUCUAGCCAUGGCAACUCCCAUUUAAGAGCAAGGCCAAUGAAUAAAUGGGUACCACCCGAAAUCGAGCAUUUGCUAAAUAGCAAAGCGGACGCAGAGCAUGAAAUAGGAGAGCUAGAUAAGAAGAUCGAGAAAGCAGAAAAUGAAGACAACAAGUAUCACAGAGUGUUAGAGGAACAAACAGAUAGGUUAAAGCCAUUUUACAGGAAAAAAGCCAGACUUGAGAAGGCUUUAAAAUUUGUUAAUCAACCAAGUGACGGAACCGAAGACCUGCCAACUAGAACUGUUGUAGAAAUAACAGAUGGUGCAGACGAUGCUGGUGAAAAAACCCAAGACGAGUUACUUAUGGACGGAAAUAAAGUAAAUGUUCCAGAUCAAUACAGCUCUAAAAACCAGCGAAAGAUGGAACUCGAAUAUCAAAUUGAAGAAUUGAAUGCUGCUAUCAGGACUAUCGGGAUUUCAUUUGGCCUCGAUUGCGAACUCGCCGAGGAGAUCCCCACAGUUGAGAAGCUGCAAAUGAUUCAUGAAGCAAAGACGAAAAAAGAAGAAGACUUGCAAGUUCUCGAAGCUGAAAUUAUUGACGAACAAAAUAACUUAAGAAAAGGUAGUUCCGUUGACCCUGAACAACUCAUUGAAAAGUUUAAACAAAAUGAGAAGUUGAAGAAAAAUAUUGCCAGAUAUUUGGAUUCUUCAAAGUUAGCGGAGGGAGAGCACAACGAUGUAAAACAGUUACAAAGUAUAGUUUCUUCGAAGGAUAGCCUCGAAGAACAGGCUCAUUUGCUAGAUAGGCAGAUAUGGCAAGAACAGAGCAACUUUCUUGAGGCGUUUCAGUUCAAGAGGACCGGAAAGGUGAAUGCUGACUGUGGUUCUAAAAUCAAAGAGCUCUUAGACACCAAAGACAAGUUAGUGGAAGACCUAGACAAUACCAAUGAAAAAAUACUGAAAAAUAUAAGUACUGGUGGCUUGAUGGGAACCCACGCUCAAGGUUUAGAGGAGUGUGUAGAGAGGAAGGUGAAACUGGAAGAGGAAAUUGCCAGACUACAGGAUCACAUUGCCGAUGAACCUGGCAGAGCAGCUGAGAGCUUAGUCAAUAUCAUUGAAAAGAAAUCGGACGUCAGUAAAGAUCUGAAAGGCGCAAAACGAAAAGAUGCAGAUGAAUUAAGUAGGGUGCAAAUAGAAAGUAUCGAUGACUAUUGCCGUUACGAUCCAAAAGAGGUAAACGAUACCUUUACCCACGCAAUUUCAACCCUCGGAAAAGAAUCUGCGCCUAUAAUAGGAUGGGAAGAACUUCGUCAAAAACAACAUGAAAUGGAAGUAGUCCUCAAAGAGAAAGCAGAAUGCCUAAUUAGAGCAAAUAGAGAAGGAAAAGACCCGAGUAGUGACGAAGAGGUGGUCGAAAGCGUCAUUAGAGACAAAAUAUCAGUGGACAAGAAACUUCAAGAGGUUCUCGAGGAAAACAAUAGCAAGGAGGCAGUCUUUCCACCACAGGAAAUGAAGGAAAACGAGAGCAACCAAAGGUUACAAAUGGCAGACGUGAAUGAUAAACGUGAAGAAAUGGAAGAUAAUCUUUCUAUGAAUGAGUAUCAACUAAACACUCUAUUGCAGAGCGCGGGGUUGAUUGAUAAUGAUGUACAGAAGUUAGAGUCUCUUGUUGUUGAAAAAGUCAAACUCGAAGGAGAACUUGAAAGAUAUCAGUUGCUUCAAGACCUGUUCCUCAAGAAGAAAUAUUUACAACAAAAACUUUGUAAUGAACAGCAACAGAGUGAUGAAUGCCAAAGAAACGAAGAGCUGAGGAGUGAGUUGGAAAAACUGAAUGCGCUUAUCGAUCGACGAGAAAAUGACGUAGAGAAAAUAAAGACUAAGAAAAACGUCACUAAGGAAAAAGUCAAGCACCUUGAAGAUGAAAAAGAAAAGUUGAAUAACAAGUUGAAACCUCUCACGGAAAGUAUCAUUAAAUUAGCAGGAGAAGUACAGGUACGCUUAGAGGAUGCGAAGAAAAAACUAAACGAACACGAGAAAUGCGCUGUUGAAGAAAGGCAAGCACUUCAAAACGAAUUAGAGGCCCUUCAAGACGAAAUUGACAGGUGGAGCAAAGAGGAGAAGGAAGUGGACAGAGAAUUGGAAAGUAGAAAGAACGGAUUAAGUGAAAGGAAUGGGAACCUGUUAGAUCUUGAGAAGUUGCUUAUUGAGAAGGAAAGUUUAAGAGAAUAUCUAACCGAAAUUGAUGCAACACUUGACAAAACCGAAAUGGAUACCGUCGAGCAGGCGAAUGUUACAAAUGCCCAAGAAUUGUCAGAAAGAAAGAAGGAGUUAGAGAGAAAGCUGGAAGAAAUCAGAAAUAAAAAGUUAAAGAUGGAUGUUGAAUUUGAAACGGAUGAAAUAAGCGAGGCAAUGAAAGAACUCUUCCAAACAAUGGAGAAUCUAGAAGUAAGGGAAAGAGAAGUUUCUGACCAGAUACGUGAAUCGGGAAUUUUAGGCAAGCUGGCGGAAAGAAGAAAAAAUGGCGAGAACAAAGUAUCACGUUUCUUUAUCUACGGUAUCUUGGAAGCGAUGGGAAGGGAUGAAAAGACAGUAACCGAACUAUUAAAAGAAAAAGAAGAGUUGAAAAAUGCUGCCCAAAAAGAGAGAGACAACGUUAAUGAAGAGAUGGCAUUGCUGAAAAGUAAAGUUGGCAAAGAUCUCGCUAACGCAUUAAUACCAGCUUCUAUAAAAGCACAAACAGACAAAGAAAGCGAUUCCCUGUCAGCAAUAGACGAGAUUGAAAGUAGAGAAUUAACCAUAAGUGAUUUACUCAAAAAUUUUGAGGUGGAUAAUAAGCAGCUAAGGCUGAUUAACGAUGAGCUAAGCUCGGAGUUAGAAUCUCUUAAAAAUAAAAUUGGAGAGGAAUUAGCAAACGAACUCGGUCAGUAUCUACCAGAUAAACAUUCGCCAUUUUCCGACCUUGUUAGUGUGGUCCAACAGGAUGAAAAGACGUUGGAAGAUAUACUGCAAGAACAGAAUGAGAAAAUGCACGCAAUAGAAGACUCAGUCGGGAAAGAUCUCCUCAGCUCAAUUUUGUGGAUGAAAGACAACCCUCGCAGAGUAGAUGAUGUCGAUACUCCAAGGAUGCUAAUGACCCCUUCUAUAAUGAAAGAGUUUGACGAAGAUCUCGAAAAUGUCAUUGCUGUUUAUGAAAAGGAGCUCAAUAGUCUGUCUUGUAAGAAUGAUUUACUAAAGGAAAGGCUGGGCGAGGUCCUUCUACAGGACAUCCUUAGUUUAAGAAAAAACACUGAGAAGCCUGUACUAGCAUAUGGGACAGCAGCGGAUCCUUACUCGGAUGGCACGGUGAAUGAACAUGAACUUUGCACGCUUAAUAAAGAUAAAGACGUAUCAGGAUUUAACGCUGAUCAAGGCGCUGUCAAACUACCAGGAGAGGAAGUUAAUGGCAUCAAUGUUAAAAUAACUGAUCCGGAAACAGGUGGACGAGAGGAAGACGGCAUUGAGCACCAAGAUGGACUAAGAAGGGGAAGCACACUGAAGGACUCAACGGAUGUCAAACUAAUGCCAAGGCAUCAACAAGAGAGACGACGAGAAGUCAAAAUGCGAGGCAGCGACUUAAGGAGAGGCUCUGGGCCGCUUUCAAGUUAUGUUGAAAAUAAAACUCCACCCAAACUUUAUUACAUGUGUUUGCCACACUUCACUUACCCACUUGAACAGAACGUUUCUGCUUCAGCAGACGAGGAAAAUGUCCAAGGAUACUUAAGAGCACCAAAGAUAAUGGAAGCUAGUGGCAAAACCCUUGGGGACGUUAUAGCCCAGUAUGAAAGCGAUCUUCAGCGAAUAUCGAAAGACUUGAACCCAGAAAGUUACGUCAGAGAUUCUGAUACGAGUACGGACGUGGAGGAUGCGAUUUCUUCUCCAACACGACAAAGACGAACAAGUGCUACCCCACUGAGCACAGUUGAUACAUCUGACGGUACAAUUCCCAAUGACAUUGUUGAAAUUGACAUGAAAUUGCAAGGUAUUGUUGAAACCCAAGACAACAACCUAGGAAUGCUUCAACUCCUGAAAGAAAGACUUGGGGAAGAUCUUGUUGAUGCCCUGAUAAUUGAAACAGAUCACCCUAUAGAAGAUGAUGUUCAGACUAAUGGCAAGGUAGAUGCACUUAAAAUACCUGAAAAUAUAGAAUGUGGUGAGACAACUUGUAAAGAAUUGGUAGGAGAGCCACCAGACAAAGAUGCCAGCACAGAAAUGGGAAAACAUUCGAGUGGCCACGUAAGGCUGAGAAAAAUAUCAAAGGCCUCAAUAGACAAACCAAAGGGAGAAUCGACAGAGCGGAAAGAGGAGAAGGCAAGUGUAACGAAAAUAAAGGCACCCAAUAUUGUUCUUGAAAAUAAAACAACCUUAGGUGACGUCAUAGCAUCUUACGAGAGGGUGUUGGAUUCAUUGCAGUCUAAACUGGGGCCAUCUCUGACUAGAACAUUGGUUACAAUGCAAGACCCGACUGCUCUAGAACGGGAAGACGCACAUAACAAGGAGAAGGCAAGGAAAACAGAGGAAAAGACUUCAGAUCAAUACGAUGUAAAAGAACAUGAGAAACAAACAGUAGAUGAGCAGGCUAAAGAAAUUUCUGAAAAAAUAAUGGAAACAUUGCCAGAGUGUGGAACUGGUACGGGAGAAAGGACCACUCAAACAUCACUAAGAGCCCCUGAUAUCAUGGAAACAAGUGGAAAGACUCUUGAAACAAUCAUUGAGGAUUAUGAAAAACUAAUUGAAAUAGAACUUAAGCAAAUGGAAAAUGAAGUAACUACAUUAAAGGAAAGGCUGGGAAGCGAUUUGUAUAAAUCAAUUAUAAACACGAAAAACAGGGACGACGACGUAGCUGUAUCUGACAGAGCAGUUACUUUCCCAAACCAAAAUGAAACGUACUGCGUAAACCCAGAGGCACUUAAAAGUGAAUCUGUAGAAGGCGAAGUUGGCGUAUCAUCAUUCGAUCUUAAAGCAAAAUCAUUACUAGAACAAAAGGGUAUGACUGUCGAGGAUAUCCUGAGAAGUUAUGAAAAGCAGCUGGAGGCGCUCUCAAAACUAGUUCCCAACGAAGAUGGGAAGAGCGAUUCCAUUGCGGACCUCGUUUCCAGCUACCAAGACAAGAUUGACGACUUAGAGAGCGAAAACAAAACCUUUUCAGAUCGAAUUUCGAAACUAUCUGAACGUAUAGGACCAGACCUUGUGGGUAAAUUAGAAUGCAUGGAAGAUGAAGACUACGACGUUAGAGCGAAUGACGGCCUCAAUGCACCAAUAGUUAUGAGAAAAGAGGACAAAACGCUGGAGAAUGUGGUAAGGAAUUACGAGAAAGAGCUCAGUGUUUUGAAAAACAUGCUUCCAACUGAAAGCGAAGAGAUGAGUUCUAUUUCUGAUAUUGUCAAAGAGUAUGACGACAAAAUUGACGAUCUAAAGAACAGAAACAACGGCCUACAGAAAGAAUAUGACAGACUUGUCGGGAAAAUUGGCAAUGACCUCGUAGAAGACAUAUUGUCACUGAAGUUGACGGAAGCCGAAACUGAGAGAGGAGGUUUAGCUCAUUCAGAGGUAUCAGAAAAGGAAGGCAACAAUAACUUAAGGGAAUCUGGUCGACUGAAUGCCCCUUUCAUCAUGGAUAAAGAAGACUCGACUCUAGAACACGUUUUGGAAACAUACGAGAAAGCGCUUGGAAUACUUCCUUGCUCACGAUGUGAAGAUAAUAGGUUUGGUAUUAACCAAAUACGCUCCCUUGAAGAACUCGAAAGAGAGAACAAAAUUUUCAGAGACGCUUUGGGUGGCGGACUAGCAGCAAACCUGAUAGCGAGAGCAGACGAAGGCGUUCCAGAAAAAGGUGAACUGAAAGUUUCGUCAAAGGAAGAUGACAAUGGUGAAAACCAACUCCCCCAUCAAGAACAGAAAGAAAAUGAAGCACCUUUUUCUAAAGACGAAAGAAACCAGCUUACGGCAUUGAAAGUAAUGAAAGAGGAGGACACUACAAUCGAAAAAGUCUUAAAGAGUUAUGAAAAUGAGAUAGAAGCGUUACAUAAAUUAUUUCCCAGCGAGACAAAUGAAGCUUCAUCAGUGUCUGAUUUAGUAAAGGACUACGAGGAUAGGAUAGAGGAACUGGAGAAUGAAAAGGCUACUCUCUUAGACUUGCUGGGCGAACUUACCAACACUAUUGGUCCAGGGCUUAUGGAUGAACUGCAACAUCUAAAUACAAGUGACAACGGACGCGAAGAGACACAAUUGGGAGGGGAACAGCGUUCCGAUCUAGCGGCACCUAAGAUGAUUAGAAGUGAAGACAGAACGCUGGAAGAAGUUUUGAAAAUUUAUGAAAAUGAGCUUGCUGCUCUACGAGAAUUGACGCAGAACCAUGGAGAUAUGGCCAGUUCCCUUUCAGAUAUUAUUAAGAGUUACGAAGACAAACUGAAAGACCAUGCAGAAGAAAUCACUAUAAUAGAAAACAAGUUCUUUGAGCUGGAAUCAAAGAUUGGUACUGACCUUGUGGACGAACUUGGUAAACUGGAAAUAAGAAAAGCUGAAAAGGGCAACACCUUUCUCAAAGCGAGCGAGAAAGGGGACAGAAUUGGCAAGAAAGAGGCAGUAAAGCUAAGAGCUCCUGAUGUCAUGAUUGAGAAGAAAUUACCUUUGGAAGACAUUCUGGCAAUUUACGAGGAAGACCUUUGCAGCCUUAAAAGAGAAAACAAAAUAUACCAGGAAGGCCUUGGUCAGAGUAUUGCUGAGGAGUUGCUAGAAUUGGCAAAGAAAGAAGAACGUUCUCGUUCUGAGAAUUUUGAUCAACAAGGUAGUAACACUGGGGAAGACUCGGAACUUAACACGACGCUGAAGGAAAGUAUCAGGGACAAUGCGACGAGUGCAAUGAAAACUGAGGAAGAAGGUUAUGAACUCGUGCAGCAACCAUCUAAACAAGACGCUGCGUGCGCAGUAAAAGGUGAUGCACCUUCAGGUACAGGUGGAUUACAAGCUAUGAAUCUCUUGAGAGAGGAAGGUAACAAUAUUGAAAGAAUACUAAAUAUUUACGAAAAAGAGAUACAAGCACUAAGAAGGCUGGCAUCUGAAGGAACUGGGGAGAAAAUGUCUGUUUCAGACCUAAUCAGAGAUUAUGAAGAUAAAAUCAGUGAUUUGGAAAUGAAGAACUCGGUGUCUAAGGAAAAGUUAAACCGACUUGAAAAACGAGUGGGUCAGGACCUAUUUUACGGUCUGGAGAAUAUGCAGUCAGGAGAGAAAUCACAAGGAGACGAAAAGUAUGACGCUGGUAAAAAGUCUGAUUUAGAAGCACUAAACAUGGUCAUCAGUGAGGAUAGAAACUUGGAGAACGUCCUAAAAAGUUAUGAGAAGGAACUAUCAGCUUUGAGGAAACUCCUUCCCAUCCAAAACGAUGAAGGAAGAUCAAUGUCAGGUAUCGUCAAAGAAUAUGAAGAUAAGAUGGAAGAAAUGAGAAGAGAAAAUGAGCGUUUUGAAAGUGAACUCAAAGUAUUAGAGGACAAGAUCGGAGCUAAUCUUCUUGGCGACAUCAAGACCACCAGUCCAAGCGAUGCUGACUCAGGGGAAAACGAAGAAGGACCCGACAUUUUAGGAGAACUACAAGCUCCAACAAUAAUGAAAGACAACGAUCUGACUUUGGAAAAUGUCAUUGCUUCUUAUGAAAAAGAUAUCGAGGACUUGUCAAGUGAGAACAAAGCGUUGAAGGACAAUCUUGGCCCAGGACUUGCCCAAAUGCUGCUAAGUUCGGCAGGUAAGAAAGAACGACUGGCCGUAACUGGUUAUUUUGCACCCACUGAUACAUGCAAAGUUGAUGACAAAGUUAUAACAGAAGAGAGAGAAAGCCAGAAACACGAUUUUGAAGCUGAGGACAAGCAGGACGCAAGUGACAUUAGAGGUCGGCCACUUGACAGAAAUAAUAACAAUGAAAUAAAAUUUGGUACAGAUUUGCCUCCUCGAGUUUUUAAAGCCGAAUCUCUUAUAAAAGAUGAAGGGAAGACAAUCGAGAACAUCCUUCGAGACUACGAAAAUCAGCUUGAGGUCCUUACAGAAACAGAUCCUGACAAUAGGGAGGAAUUUAUUUCAAAACAAAUGACAAAGCAUGAGGAUGUUAUCGAGGGUUUGGAAAACAAAAACAAUAACCUCGUUAAAAGGCUGGAAAAUUUAGAGAAGACAAUUGGAAUAAGUCUUUUGAACGCAGUGGAGAAGAUAGGUCUUGAAGAAACUGAAAAAUUGAAAGACAAUUGUAAUCAAGAAAUGGACGAUAAUUUAAUGGUUCCAGAAAUUAUGAAAAAGGAGGGAAGAACGUUAGAGAAUGUAAUAAAGGCAUACGAGAGGGAGCUCGAUGUUCUGAGAGAUUUUAUUCCAAGAGAGGAUGGAAAUAGAGGCGCUAUUACCGACGUGGUGAAGGACUACGAAGAUAAAAUAAAUAAACUUAAAAGAGAAAAUAAGCAAUUGACAGCUGACCUUGGAAGCCUAGAGGAAAAAAUUGGUCGUGAUCUUGUUAACGAUAUCAAGAUGCUGGAAGGAACUGUCAUCGUUGAAACUGAGGCCAAAGAGCUGAAGGCAGGUGAGUCCCAAAAAAACUUAAAGGUCACUAAAAUCAUGGAAGUUAAAAGGUCAGCGUUAGAAGAUGUGUUGCAAACGUAUGAAGAUGCUCUUGCAACAUUCUUAAGCGACGCGUCGAACUUCAUUGAUGGCCCUGAAGGUAUUGUUUAUGACCAAAGCAGCACAAUGAAUGAGCUAAAAGAAGAAAACGAUAUCCUUAAAAGAACUGUUGGACCUGCUCUUUCACAAAAGCUAAUAAAUAUCGGAAAAGGUGGUGCUGCAGCUACCGAAGGCGAGAAGAAGAUCUCUAAGAAUGAUACUAAUGUCCAAGAUGAACUUGACGGCAUCACAGAAUUAGAAACAGGCGUAAAACAACAGUCUCCUGCGCAGAAUAAAAAAGAGAAAUUUAAAGUUGAAAGUCUUGUGAGAGAAGAAGGAAGAACUAUAGAGAAUGUUUUAAAGACCUAUGAAGAAGAACUUGAGACUUUGAAGUCAGUAGUUCUUGACGACACAGGACAAGCAGCGGAAACGUUCUUAGACCUGAUAAGAAAGUAUGAAGCCGAGAAAGAGAAACUUGAAAGGACAAACAAGAGCUUGAUAGAGAAGCUAGAAUUCCUGGAGAAACAUAUUGGCCCUGACCUGAUCAACGACAUAGAAAAUAAACGAAACGUUUCUUUGAGAGACAACAGAAGCGAGAUAAACGCUCUUGCACUUAUGCAAGAGGAAGAAAGAACCCUGGAAACCGUAAUAAGAUGUUACGAGAAGGAACUCGAUGCGUUACGUAAAAUGAAUGUUAGCCAAAAGAAGGAAGGGGAUGUCUCAAUAUCAGACCUUAUCAGUGGCUACGAAGGCAAACUAGAUGAUCUCAAGAACGAAAACAAGUUACUUAAAUAUGAUUUGCAUAAGAUGAAAGACAAGCUUGGUAGCAACCUUGCCGAGCAUAUCAUGGGACUGGAUGAUAAGGCGGAAAGCGAAGCCGAGGCAGAAGACAAAGAGGAACGGAUGGCCUCAUAUGGCUCGUUAGAAGCUGCAAACACAGCAGCAGACGGGACACAUGGAGAGGAACUGCACGAGGUAGUGGGAGAAAAGAAACGUUUACUGACCACUGGAAGCCAGGAGAAUGACAACAAAGUGCCAGUCUCAGAUGACUUAAAAGCGAAAAAUUUAAUUAGAGAUAAGGGGAUGACAAUUGAAAAUAUUUUAAAGAACUACGAACAACAAAUUGAAGCCCUUUCUAAACUAACUUCACAAGAGAAGGAUUCGAGCUAUACCAUCGCCGACCUCGUGACAAAUUACGAAAAGAAGAUCGAAGACUUGAAAGCAUCAAACAGCGUCUUAGAAGAAAACAUGGGAAUCCUCACGGAGAAAAUCGGAAAAGACCUCGUGAAAGCCCUCGAAGGUGAAUUGGGGAGUGAUGAAGAAAGAGAUGGAUAUAGGGAUUCGGGACAGCAGCAAGAAGACCGUUCAAGGUCAAGGUGGAAAGCAUUUCAGAAGAUCAAAGAAGAUGAAAAGACCCUAGCCGACAUCAUAGAAAACUAUGAGGAUGACUUAGAAAGAUUGAAAAGAGAAAAGGGUGCUAUGGAGGCUUUGCUUAACAAUGAAAAAGACGGACAGUCUGCCCUUGACGUAAUAUCCCAAUAUGAGGAUGAAAUUCAUUGUCUCAAGGACACUAACAAGGAGAAAGAAAACAAAUUAUCGACAUUAAUUGCAAGAAUCGGUGAUAAUCUUGCUACGGACAUCCUCACUCUUCCUCAAGGCAAGGAACCAAUCGGCAGUUGUUCUUUAGAGGCGCUUAGAGUUAUGGCAUUACAUGGUAAGCAGCUUUUUGCCGUUUUAAUUGAGUACGAAGAUGACCUCAUGAAACUUACAAGGGAAAACAAGACCCUUAAAGCUGUCGCGAUUAAAGACGAAGUAGACGGGAAAACAGUUACCAGUCUUGUUUCGGAAUACGAAGACAAGAUUCAAAAGCUAAUAAAGGAGAAGAACGAUUCCGAGUUCAGUCUUCGUAUGUUAACUGAGAAGAUAGGUGAGCCUUUGGUAAAUGAAAUAACCAAUACAUGCAACGAAGAUAAGCCCACAUCUAUUAAUGCUGUUAAGAUUAUGAAAGAUGAGAGCAAGUCCCUUGCUGACGUCAUAGAGAAAUAUGAAAAUGAACUUGCUAAAUUGGGCGCAAUAAGAGAUCUGGCCACCGAAGAUCCAGAAACGAAAUCCUUUAUAGAAAAGAUUUCAGAGUAUGAAGAUGAAAUUUCUCUUUUGACUAGAAAAAUAAAAGAGCAGACUUUGCUGGAAAAGAAGGUAGGCAUAGAGUUUUCAAGACAGCUGACAGCGUUGGCCAAAUGUGGAACAGGGGAAAGCAAGGAGGCUGUUUCUUUGAAAGCAGUGGCAAUAAUGGAAAGGGAAAAAGAGUCGACAGUCGCAGAUGUUUUAAAGGAAUACGAAACAGAUUUGGAAAAUAAAAAUCAUGAGAUAUCUGUACUAAAAGAAUUAAUAUCAAGUGAUAUGCUUGAGAUAGCAGCAUCUCAAGAAAGCGAAAUACAUGAGCUGAAGAAAGUAAAAGAAAUUCUGGCCAAUGAUCUUGAUGUAAUCACCGAUAAAGUAGGCAAGGAGCUAGUGAGAGAAAUUCUCAAAAAAUCGUCUGGACAACCAGAGUUCGAAAAAGACAAAUUGUAUCGAGAUGUGGUCGAAAGAAUGAAAAAGGAUGGAAAACCACUUGAGAGUGUUAUAGAGGAGUAUGACCAAGAAAUAAAACUCAUGAUGGGCAAAAACGAAGAGCUGAUUAGGAAGGAGGGUCUGCUUACCGCAAAAAUUGGUGAAAGGCUUAUCGUAGAACUUCUAAGUUCAGACGUACCAUAUAAUAGCACUGAUGUGGAAAUGAAACCACUAUUUGCAGCAUCAGAAGUGAUGUUAACCGAAAAGAAAACUUUAGCUGAAGUUGUCUUGGAUUAUGAAGAAGAAAUUGCUAAAUUAAAGAGAGAAAAUGGAGCUCUACGUGUAUUCACUGAGGAAUCUUCCCAGGACACUUCGGUCAUUGACGCUAUAACCAACUAUGAGGAACAAAUUGAGAAAAUAGGGGGCGAGCAAAGAGAAUUGAUGAAUCGAUUGCACAAAAUAACUCAUCGGGUGGGAGUGGAGUUGACUAAAGAGUUGCUUAAACUCCCGGAUGACGUCUGCGAGAGUAAACCAGAAGCUACUAGCCAGUUAACAGCAUUGACACUACUUAAGGAAAACAACUUCAGCUUAACCGAUGUACUGCGAAUGUACGAGACAAAGUUGAGAGGCGGUGAUGAAGUAGAUUUGGGGCCCUUGGUUUCUAGAAAUGUGAUGACGGAGGACAUAAAAUUUGCGCACCUUGUCCGCCUGGAAAGUGAGCCUCAAGCUAUCAUUUCAGAGGAAGGAAAUUCUGAGAUAUCUAGAUACCUGCAAGGAAACGAGUUUGAUGGGGCCAUUCCGCGCGAUGGUAACGCUUUAAAUACAGCUUUGUUGCAAGAACACGACCAAAUGAAAAUGCUUGAAAAAAUAAACGCUGCACUUUCUGAAAAGUUUGAACAGUUGUCAAGGAAAGUUGGCAAGGAAUUGUCGCAGGCGCUAAUGAGAUCACCAGAGGAUAAAGAACAGGAAGGGGAAGCAGCGAUUACAACAGCUGAAGACCUCGACGCUUUCGAUGACAUAAAUAAGGAGAGGGCAACAAUAGCUGAGGUUUUAGAAAGCUACGAGAGAAGAUUGAAAGGACCAUCGCAAAGUGACGUUGGCACACUUGGUAAUGGUCACGUCAAAGAAGAAGAGAUAAAGCCUGCUCGGUUGGUGCGUGCUAAUGAAAUUGUGGAGGAAAUCUGUGAUAUCAAUGACACAGAGAUUGUUAGUCAUUACAAGGCUCUGAAUGAGGAAGACGCUUCCGAAGUUCCGGAGUUGUGGGAUAUGGAUAUUGCGUAUUUAGUCGAAGUCGUUGAACACCCAGGGGAAUCAGUGCUUCCUAUCCCAGAUAAGGACGUGAUCCACGAGGAAGUGACGAAAGUAGAGUUACUGCAACAUGAAAGAAACCUUAGUUCUGAAAAUCUAGAAGAACUCUUUGAUAGGGAAUUCCCAGUCGAAAACAAAGGGGGUACAAAACUGACAGAAAAUAAAGCCGUGGAAGGCGAAACAAUGGGUACCUUAGAGAGAAGAAUCAUGGAGCUUGAACGGGAAUUAGAAACACAGAAACUGUUAAAGGAGAAAUAUGAAAAAGAUGUCCAUGAUCUGCUCAAAGACAUCGUUGACCUCAAAAUGCAGCAGGUGGACGGCGAUUCGAAAAACCUGGAAGAGAAGCGGAGAGAGAUACAAGAAGAGGUCGAUCUGAAGCAGGAUAACAAGCGGUUGCAUGAAGAAUUGGAAGAUGAAAAGCAGAGGCGAUUGUCCAUGGAAAAAAUCAAAGGCGAUUUGUCAGAAAAGUUAGACAGUCUGAUCAAAGAAAAUGAGUUGCUUCGCAAAAAGCAGAGCGAUGCUCAGAAUGUGUCCGAAAAUGAACGCGCUGAGGAAAUCUGUCACAUUGGUGAGACAGAAAUGGCUAGCGAUUACAAUAUUUCCCAAAUUGAUUUAGAUCAAAACGACGAGAAGGAAACUGACAGCCGUGCGUUUACAGAAUCAAAUGACCUGGAACUUAUUUCACUACAAAGGCUUACUCCAGAGUCGCCCGUGAGUAUCGAGCACCCUGUCGAGUUGUUGGUUGACACCGAAAGACACCCACUUGAAGACAAAGUAAUAAAAGUAGAGUUGCCAGAGUAUAUGGAUACCUUAAAUCCUGACUUUGUGAAAAGCCUUUUAGGAAACGACUUUCAAUUGGACGAGUCAGGGAGUGUCUGCGAAAUAUCAGACUCGAAAACGAAAGAAAGUAAAGGCGAGUUUAGGGGAGGAGAAAAAAUCGAGACCUUUGAGAAAAAGAUAAAAGAGCUUGAACAGGAACUACGAAACGAAAAACGUCUGAAGGAGAAAUAUGAAAAGGAUAUUCAGGAUCUGUUGCACGACAUUGUCGAUCUAAAAAUGAAAGAAGCGGAAAACGACGAAGAAAGCCCUUCUGAGACGCGAACCAAGAUACGGGAAGAUGUCGAACUAAGCCUGAAUAAUAAGCGGCUGCAAGAAGAUUUAGCCAAAGAAAGAAAAAGAAGGCUAUCCAUCGAAGAAAGCAAACGGGAUUUGCUAGACGAGGUGGACACUUUAAUGAGAGAAAGGGAGGUAUUUCUUCAACAGCAGAAUGAGACAAAAAUGGACGGGAAACUAGUGGAGGAGAUGAUCAGUUUAAGAAAGAAAAUUGGAGAGCUGGUUACAAAGAACAAAAAUUUAAACAAAGAAGUCGAAGAACUCAGAGAAUCAAUAAAGGAAAUGGAAGUAUGCCACGAAGAGGAGAAAAGUCGGCUGCUGAUGAAUUUCGAGACAGAAAAGUCCGCUAUGAUGGACGAGCUAGUGACGUCAAAAAGCGAGCUUGAAAACCAGUUACAAGAGUUACUUGCAAUGAAUGACGAUCUUAAAAGAACCAUCAAAAGUCUUCUAGAGGAGCUAAAGGAAUCAAAUGAAAAGCUAGUAACAGAAGGAGAGAAACAUGACAAAAAGUUAUGCGAGGAGAUCAAACAGCACCAUGCAGAGCAAGUCGGAGCAGCAUUGCUAGAAGAAGUAGGAGAAAAGGAUACAAAUGCAGCCCACGAAAGAAUGAAAACCGGAAACUUAAAAGAACAACUCGAUGAGACGGAAAAUGCCCUGCAACAAACGUUAAAAAGGUACCAAGGAGAAAUUACGUCUUUGGAGACAGAAAGAGUUAAGAGCGACGAUGAAUUACGACAAGAAAUCGAGAUUUUGAGAAACAAGCUUGAACUGUCGAAAGACUCAGCCGAGCAGCAAAGAAAAGAUUUUGAAAACGUUCUUGCAAAAGAAAAAGAACGCAUAAAGGAUGAAUUGGAAUUAGAACUAGCACGGGAGAAGAGGAGACUGAAACUUGACUUUGAAGAUAGAGAAGACACUUAUGGCAGAGAAAUAAAAAAGCAUUCAACAGAUCUCCAAGAGCAAGAAGAGAAGUGGAAUAAAGAAAGAGAGGAAAUGCAAGAACUCUUCCGCGUAGAAAAAGAGAAAUUACAGAAAGCUUUUGACGAAGAACUAAGAAGUAAAAUGGCCGAGAAAGAAGAGCAAAACAGACGAUCAAACGAGCAGAUAAACCGUGAGUUUGAGAAAGAAAAAAUGGAGAUCAAGGCAACCAUCGAGAAAAAGAUUUACGAGCAGCUAAUUGACAAAAAUAUUGCAGCGGAAACAGACUUUCGUGAUGUCCUUUCCAAAAUCCUACAAGAACAUUCUAAAGAAAUCGAGGGGGUAGAGGACGAUAUACGAAAAGCCGAGGAAAGGUUUCAAAAAGACAGAAACAGGCUAAUUGAGCAAACUGAUAAGGAGAAAGAGGCUUUAAAGAAGACCCACGAAGAAGAAAAGAGAGCCCUGGAAUCAGCUGUUCAAAACCUGCUGAAAGAGGUCGUAAAACUGAAGCAUCAAAGAAAAGAAAUGCGGAUGAUUCACAAGAAGGAGAAAGAGAGCCUUGAGGAAAUUUAUGAGCGAGAUCGAGUAAAGCUUAAAGAAGACUGGGAUAGGUACAAGGAGGAUUUACUAAGGAAAGUACAAGGUGAAUUUGACUGCAAAUUAGAAAAUGAGACCACAAAACUUGAAACUAGGUUAGAAGAUAUGAAACGAGAGAUGCAAAAGUCAGCGCAGAGAGCACAAGAGCUGGAGGCUACUUUGAGAGGAAUACCUCGUGAAAAUGAGCAACGAGUAUCAGACGGAGAUUAUAGUCAAGGAAUAGUGGUGAAAGAAAGUGAAGAACAGUUGAAAGAAAUAAAGUCAGCGAAGAAAAAACUUGAAGAGGAAUACGAGAAGAAGCUCAAGGCAGAGAAACGAAGGUUUGAAGAUACACUGCAAGCUCUACGGCGUGAGAUUGGAAGCUUGCAAGAAAAGAGAAGACUUAUCCAAGACAAGCUUUACAACCAAGAUCCAUCUGUUGUGGACAGACAUGUUAUGGAAAAAAGUCUGGCGAAUUUCAAAAUGGAGAUGCUUUCUAAAAUGGAGGAAGAAGUAUCACAAAAGAUCGCGCGCGAGAAAAAACCACUCGAAGAAACAAUAAGAGAGCUUCAAGAUGAGAAUGAAGAACUUAAAAGGCAAAGAUGGGAGCUAAGAAACCAGCUUAGGAGGGAGCGAUCUAAGUUAGAGGAACAGUUCGAACAGGAGAGAGAAAAAAUGGAAAGGCAAUUCUUAAAAGAAAAAGAGGAAUUGAAGAACAAGUUGGAAGUUAGGAUACAAAGAGAAAUGACAAAGAGAACAUUGGAAGAGAAAGUCACAAGAGCCCUCAGUCCAAGUUCGAACGUAAGUUUCAUGAAGUUGAUUCAAAACUGUAAGGCUCCCAUGCAUUGCUAACCGUGUCACAAACAUAUCAUAACUCACUUCAUAUACCCGCGUUCAACGUGUUGGUAUCACUUAAAUAUCUUGUUUCAAAGUUUGAAUACUUUCUUCCCCAGUUUAGAUUUUCGUGUCUUUGGCCAGUCUCGACUAUUCUUGACUACAUGCGGGUGUAGGCUAAUGUUAUAUGUUUUGUGAAUUACGGAGUAAAGUUCUGAAGCUGAAGAAAUCGAUGGAACACACUCUGAAAAUUAAAUGUUUUUCCAUUUCUAUAAUAGGAGUCCCCAUACAGUUCACAAGAAUCACCUAGAAGACUGAGAUCAGAAAACAUGACCUUAAGAGACGAUAAACAUCGUCUAGAGUUAGAAGUGAGGCAACUUACCAGCAAACUUGAAAAUCUUGAAUCAAGCUUCCAAGAAAUGAUGUCUUCUGAAAAGGAAAAGGUAUGUUAGAAUUAAAGACGCCUGUAAGAAUUGGAAAUUAAAUCAGAUAAAAAACAUUUCUAUCACUUACCAAAAAACAAUCAAAUUAAAAAAAAAUAUCGCGCAAUUGAAGUUUCAUUUUCUCAUAUUCCUCAAAAUGAGCAUUCUUCCAUUGAGGUUGGAUUUAUGAAUGACACCGAAAUUCAAUACGAAAAUUCUAAACGUUUUAGACUUGACGUCGUAUGAGAGCUAGACACAGCUUUCGUUCCAUUUGGAAGUAAAUUUACGUUCUAUAAAUUUGUUCAUCUUUUAGGUUGAAAAAAUGAGGAGGAUUCAAGCAAAAAUGCCCAAGAAGGUAACUAAGAUGUAAGAAAUCCCGAUAAUUUAACAUGAUAUGAGACCAAAUGACGUAAUCCCGCGUGACUGAUCAAAAAGACCAUUCAGUAACAGACUAAAUCAUAAUUCGAGGAUUUUGACUCAAUACAAGGAUAGUUCCUUAAUUUACCCAAUGGCUUCAGUGGUUUUAGUGAAAAAGUGUAACUAGAAUCGUUCCAUAACACAUGAGUAGAACUAUUCACCUGUCACUCUGGUUUAACAAGGGUUGCUCGAAAAAUAGUUGGCGCAGGAUAUUUACUUUGGUUAUAACCAGAGUUAAGCCAAAUUUAAACUAAAAUUUCUUUGUUCGAAAAGUGUAACUGGUGGUUAUAAGGUAAUGAAGGAGUUUGACGCGGAGAACUAAUUCGGCUCAUAUAGAAUGAAAUGCCAUAUUUUGACAGUUGUCUGACAUUUUUAUCCUUAAGCGUGCACUGACCGCCUAUUUAAGCACCUGAGCUCAGAUACAUUCAGAUACACCAGUGAAAUUGCAGUAUGUGCCUGCCCAUCCUUUUGAUAAAAUUUCAUCAGUGAGUAGCACUUUCUGGCAUUGAACAUCCGAAGGAUAUCAAUAGGAGGCGCUUAAUCGAUAGCUGACCGGAAACCUGAAACAAGCGCAUGCGAUGGAACCCAAUCAGUUAUAAAAGAAAACGUUUCUCCUACAACCUCAGACAAAAUAGUUAGAACCCUUAGUUGAUUAUCCCGACCCCACCAUUACAAAUUUGCAUAUCGCUUGUGCUUUGCGAAAGAGCGCCCUAAAAGGCAGGGGCGAGAGGUCUGCACUGUUUAGGUUAUCUAAGAAAAUCAGAAGUUUCCAAAGGAUGUUUGACCGAAGCUGUAGAACUUAGAGAAACUGAAUUAUGUUCUGACCGCAUGGGAAACCUGUUGUUAACAACCUUCAUUUUUAUCCACAGGUCACCUUCUCAGAAGAAGUAGAGACCAGAAGCAUGGACUAUCCCGCAGGUGACCAGAGCGAGACUAUACUUCAGGAACUACGAGAAAGGGACAGUCAAGUUAGAGAACUCUUGGAGGCUAAAUACUUUUAUGAAGAGGUUCUCUCUGAACUCUGUGAGGAGGCUGGACUCUUUGAACUUGAUCAAAACGAAAUUAUCUAGACUUAGAUAAUGCCAGGAAACAAGAGUCAUUGUUCUGCCCACCGCAACCUAUAAUUAUGUGUAUACUUUUUAGUCCGUUUUGUCAUACGUGUGUUCACUUUGAUAAAAUAAUAAGGUUAAAACAACAACAACAACA